AAAAAAAGUAUAGUGUAUUUGAAAAAAAUAGGUAAAACAGACCACUUUAGGAUCCCCUUAAAACGAAAGAGAAUUGAUACAUUUUGUACGAUCGAAUUGGACGUGAAAUAGUAACGGUCGGAUUCGUACGUUACUCGAAGCCAUUGCUACUUCACUCGGGCAGCGAUUGCGCCGUACAAACGGUGGUAGGGUCGUCGGGAUGCGUGCGGGGAGACUCGGCAGGCAUCAGCUAUAAAAAGACGCAGGUGAGGGGCGAGGCUAGUUGGCUUCGAUCCGUCGAGCGACGCGUAUGGUUUGUGGAGUCAGUUUUGCUAUCAGUUCGCUCUACGCUCGUACGCAGUGAUCGUGUCAGUUCUUGACACUCGGCACAUAGUCAUCCGCUCGAAGGAUGCGGCUGGCUAGUGAGACGAACUCGUGAUACACAAUAGUUCGUCGGACAAACGUGUGUGACAACGGCGCGUGAUUUGAGAUCGGGAAACAAACGGAACGAAGCUUGACACUGUUGAAUUUGACGAAGAGACGACGAGAUUCCUGUGCAUCCUUCGGUCGUGCGUUUACGCCACUGUGUUUCGACAAGAGCUCCUGACGAUCGAUAAACACAACGCGCGCGCGUGUGUGCAUGUGUGAGUGUGUGUGCGUGCGCGUGUCCGUCGUCGACAAUCACGCAGCGUGUUUGGCGUCGAGGAAGGCGUCGAGAGAGAAAAAGAGCGCCCGGAUUGAUCGACUCGGCCGUCCGUAAGAGGUUGGUCGACCGCCGCCGCUAGUCAUGAAGGCGAUGGUUGUGAGUCCCGUGGGUGGCCGAGUGCCGUCCAAUCAUCGCGGUGUCCUGCACAACGGUCUGGGGAUCGGCGGCACCAGGCGCGACCUCGAGGCCGAGGAGGUGGCCGCCUACCUGACGAAGCUGCGCUCCCUCGUGCCGGACAUGCCGCGCAAACGGAAGCUGUCGAAGCUCGAGGUGAUCCAGAGGGUGAUCGAGUACAUCUGCGACCUGCAGACCGCGCUGGAAGAGACGAACGCCGUGCACCAGGACGCGAAGACGACGACGACGCAGUCGAGACAACCUCUGCAGUCUCUGCUGAACACCGCCGCGACAACGACCACCUCAACAGUCGCGACGACGACGACGACGACGAUGUCGCCCGCGGCGACGGUCGCCGAGCGGUGACCUGCCGGUCGGAUCCACUAAGGUACAGGUCGCAUCGGAGUCAUCCUCGUGGACUAACGACAGAUCGUCCUGCUCAUCUCGGAAGAGCGCUCCUCGGACGCCUCGUCACGUGCAACCCGGCCGCCGAUUCAACCCUCCCCCCCUUCCCCGACUUGAGCGGCGAGAGAUGUUAAAUCGUCCCGGAAGAAGAGACACGAUGAACCAUCCGAGGACGCACCUGCACAACCUGAAGAGAGACCGCGGCGAUGACGAAGCGGGACACGGAUAGAAAGAACGAGCCCGGUUUUCAAGCUCUUCUCCUUGCCCCUCCGCGAAGGGAAAUUGUAAAUACUCUUGUAUAUAAAUUCUCAUCGCAUUCCUCACAAGAUCUCUUUUUCAUUUUACAUUAAAUCAUAAGCAAACUGGCCGUCAUCCCCCCCCCCCCUUCUUACUUUUUUCCUUCGAGAACUUGACGAUUCCGAUUCUUUUAACCGAGCGCGUGAUGUCUCAACCGACCAUAUCACACUUAUUUUCAGUUUUGCAAUUAAUGGAAGGCGAUGCGCAAUUUAUGACUAGCGUCCAUUCAGCAGCGAGACACUUCGAGCGCGGUGAUCGUUUAUGAUUGAACUCACGUUGAAACCAGAAGCGGUAAUCCGUUCCCCGCUGAUUUCCAUCGCGAAAUGCGAUAUCACCCGGAGAUUCCGAGCUCUCUUCAAAACAUUUGUUACAUUAGCGCCCCGCCCAAACUGGUCGCCGCCGAUCGAUCGCCUUUUCUUGCACGUCCUCUCUUGGGAAAAGCGUUUCGCCGUCGCGCGCUCGUCGAACUUGCGUUCUCGAGCGAUUUGUAGAUAGCGAGAAAUUUCUUUCGUGGAACCGAAAUGGAUGUAACGGUCUUGCGAGUUCAGGCUUCGACGCUCCGAGACACGCAAGAGUGACAUUCGCGUUUUUAAUGCGUGACAAUCGGCUCGCUACGGUUUGCACAAGCGUGCGAGAACUGAAUUCGCCGGAGAUUACAGCUGUUUAGCCCUCGGCUCUCAUGUAAGACUUCACGUUCCACCGUAUUGCUGGUAUUUCUUUCUUUUUGAUUAUUAUAUAAUUAUUAUAUCGUUGUUAUAGCUCCUUAUAUUAUAAUUUAGUGAAAAGAUAAUUCGCCCUCCUCAACUCGCGUAAAUAUUGUAUAUUUGUGAAGACUGAAAGGCUGUAAGUAAAUCAUUUGCGUGGGCGUACUGCACUCGCACACAUGAAAUAAAUGCAAACUGUGUCUAAGAAUUA